AGGAAGAGAGGGCGGGGCGGGGCGGGGCGGGGCGGGGAAUGGAGUUAUCGCGAGAUCUCCGGAUUGUGGAAGGUGCUGGAAGAUGUUCGGACUCCUUUCUCCGGCUGGACGGCGGAUUCCAGCGGCGAUCUGCUACCUGCAACGAUUUCAGAGCACCCUUGUACUAGCAGAGCACAAUAAUGAAAAGCUGACUCCCAUUACCCUCAAUGCCAUCACAGCAGCCAAACAGCUGGGUGGAGAUGUUUGCUGCUUGGUUGCCGGCACAAAUUGUAGCAAGGUUGUAGAAGAAGUCAGUAAAGUGCAGGGCGUGAAGAAGAUUUUAGUGGCUGAGAAUGACACAUUCAAAGGUUUUCUAGCAGAGGAGCUGACGCCGCUGGUGCUGGCUACACAUAAGCAAUUUAAAUUCACACACAUAUGUGCAGGAGCUUCUGCCUUUGGAAAGAAUCUUAUACCUAGAAUAGCUGCUAAACUUGAUGUCGCUGCCAUCUCUGACAUCACUGAAAUUAAAGCCCCAGAUACAUUUGUUAGAACUAUCUACGCAGGAAAUGCUUUGUGCACAGUGAAAUCUGGUGAUGAAGUGAAAGUGUUCUCUGUGCGAGGCACAUCGUUCGAAGCUGCUUCUGUGAAUGGAGGAGAUGCAAGUUCUGAAAAAGUUUCAUCCCCAUCUGGAGCUGGUGUGUCUGAGUGGGUUGGACAAAGCCUGACCAAAAGUGACCGUCCAGAGCUGACCAGCGCCAACAUUGUUAUAUCUGGGGGACGUGGAUUAAAGAGCGGAGAAAACUUCAAGUUGUUGUACGACCUCGCAGAUAAGUUGCAUGCUGCAGUUGGUGCUUCUCGAGCUGCAGUAGAUGCAGGGUUUGUACCCAAUGAUUUGCAAGUUGGACAGACUGGAAAGAUUGUAGCACCUGAGCUUUAUAUUGCUGUUGGGAUUUCGGGAGCAAUACAGCAUCUGGCAGGAAUGAAGGACAGCAAGACCAUUGUGGCCAUUAACAAGGAUCCUGAGGCUCCCAUCUUCCAGGUAGCGGACUAUGGUUUGGUGGCAGAUCUCUUCAAAGCAGUCCCAGAGAUGACGGCUCUUUUGGAGAAAUAAUGCUGAGGCCCUGCACACAUGGUCAAUAAUCUGGCACUGAUUUGUUAAUUGGACCUGUACAGUUUGAAUAUUAUGUACAGAUAAUGCAUACAUCAAUGCUGAACAUUGUUUUUGAUGCACCCAGUGUUUGUCUCUAAAUUACUGAUACAGCUAAUUGAUUACACUAGAAGAAUUUUACUAUUACCUGUAUAUGUACUAAGUCCAGCUAAGGGAAGGAGGUACAUGACCACAUUGCCUAGCCCCAAUCCUACUCCACGACUGACAGUUUGAGUAUAUGUAAGCUACCUCUAAAAUCUCUGUUCCUUCAGGGUCUCACUUGUCACCUUCCUAGGUACCUCAUGGAGGAACUGAUAGGCAUGAGCCUUUAAGCUUUCAAUUUGUUUCAGGUUGUUUCUAAGAGUUUUCAGAAGAGUCUUAAUCUGCAGGACUGUAGUGAUCCACCUUGCAGUGGGAUUACUAAGCAAUGUUACCUCUAACAACACUGCAGCUGUGAUGUGUGCUCCCAUUUCCUGCUCAGAUAACUCUAGGGAAGCCUCUGAUCAUGAAGAUCAUGUUAAUUAUUUCACUGCCCUUGGCUACUAGAACAAUCCCUCCCCAUUACAAUUUAAAAAGUCCUAAAAAAAACUUUUUAAAGGAUAUUUUUAAUUUAAAUUGAUUUGGAUUAAGACUCUUAUGCAUUGCAAUGUGAGGUAGACACAGAUAGACCUCCAUAAAUGGUUACAGAAAAUGGUUAUUAUUUGCCAUAGUGGAGAAAGGUGUGAUUGCAGAUAUGUAUGUAGGAGGCUUGGGUCAAGAAAUGUCUGUAAGGGAAAGUAGAUAGGGUGGUGUUCUGGAAGAGAAUACAAUAUCGAGAAAGGAUUGUUAGAUUGGUAACCAAUUUAUAUGCAAAAUUUUUAUUCAGUUGCAAUAUAUACAAUGUCAAAUUUUGUGGUAAUUAACUGGAGACUAUUUUGUAAUAAACUGCGUGACCAUC